AGUCCAGAAGAUGAACCCUAGAUUCAAGUGAAGGAGCGCAAAAAUUAAGCGUCCUCUAACCUCCGGCGAUCUCACGAAUACUCUAUACGGCGGUCCAGAGCGGAGAGAGUGCUCAAUUCCUGCAGAGAUGAGUGCAUAUAUCUCCAGGAACGUGCUCAGAUCACGGGAAUGGAGUCAUCGGCUGCCGCCGAUCCGUUGCGUACUGUUCCAUUCCUCUCCGACCUCCCUCUCCAGGCGCAGCUCCGAUCGAUCGGAUAGCGAGAAUCAAAUCAGGUUUUCAGUCCGUCUAAAGCGAUCAGAUGCAAGGACAGCUGUUAGAAAUAUCUGUCUCAAUGGAACUUCCUCCAAGCAAUACAUUCAGGGCGAAGAUAUUGGUUGGUUUGGUAACAGAAAAGGCAGUAGAAAUUUCAAGUUACAGGACAAUAUGGGUGAAUCAAACAAAAAUCAACGGCCAAAGAGUAAAGAUAAAUCAAAAUAUCAAAGAGUAUCAGACUGUUGGAAAAGUAAACAUGACAAAAACAGGCAUAGGCAACGUGGGCAGAACUUUGAUGAUGAUGAUGAUGGUGGUUACGAGCAUCGUAGUACCAAGUUCAACAGAUUUGGUGGACAAAGAUCUUUUACAUGGUCUUUUAAUUCAGAUGAAAAACUUCAUUUCAACAAUUUUUGUGGUGGAUUUGAGUGGAGAGAUUGUUCACAGAAGGCUAAAUCAAGGACUCGGAUAUGGAAUGAAAGUGAUCUCGAAGAAGAAGACGAAGAAUCAAUUGAUGUAAGAUUGCAAUCCCAUCGAAGAGUUCUGGAAUUGCCACUGACAGGUCCCUUGACACUAGAUGCUAUCAAAUCUGCUUUCCAUGCUCAUGCUUUAAAGUGGCACCCUGACAAGCAUGGAGGCCCUUCUCAGGUUAUAGCAGAGGAAAAGUUCAAGGUUUGUGUCGAUGCAUACAACACGCUUCGCAAUGCCCUAAAAUGAAGCAGAGAUUGUGCACAACACUCAUCAAUUGCUAAAGAAGAAGCUUGCACAUUUCCAUUUUAGCUGCACGUCUUCUUUUUUCACAGUUGUUCUAUGGUGGAGUUGUAUCGCAAGUUGUAGGACACUAGGGCUUCGAGACUGUUGUUUAGGAUCAGCCACAGGAAGAGAUAAGGGAUGUAGAUCGCUUACUAUUUGAUGCGAUGUAAUUAUCUUUAAAAUGCCUGAUAUUGCCAGGAAACACAUACAUCCAACUAUAAACAUUUACAUUCUUCAAUACAAGUGAUGCAUAAUUAUCCUCCAUGGAUUA